AGAGAGAGAGAGAGAGAGAGAGAGAGAGAGAGAGAGAGAGGUGGGUGGACGCCAAUGCGUCUUGCAGAGCGUGUCUGUAUGAACGCAUAUAAGAGAACUUCGGUAUCCGCGAAGCACAGUCUUGCCUCCUCUUCUCUCUCGCGAAAGAUCUAGUACCAUACUUUCUGAACAUUAACUCGCUCAACGAGACGCCUCCUCCUUGCAGAGGCGCUGCUUUCGACUCUUCGGUGAUUUGUGACGUGCAAAAACAUUCUUCCUCAGAAGUAUUCAGGACUAAGAUGUAUUGUGUUCGGUGUGUCAUAUUUCAGACGCGGGAAAAGUGACGUCGAUCGUGAACUGAUAUUGCGAGGGAACUCCUCCGAACAUCUUCGACACCUACAACACUGCGGAACUUCAAGGGUUCUUCAAAACUGUUCAUCACCAAAACCCACUCAAAUAAUCCUAUCAUUGGAUGUGGUUGGAUGUGGACUUGGGCACCUCAGUGAUUUUUCAGUUGUCUCAGGUAUCACCUGAGGACUAAGACCAUGAUGUGGAAGCAGAAACUACAAUUAAUAUUACUACUGCUGAUAUGGGCAACCCUCAUCAGAACAGGGGAGGGUUUAGAAUAUCAAUCGAGCACUGAUGAAGAUACAAUGAAGCUUAAUCCAUCAAUAAUUACCUUUGACCUACAAAACCCUGUCAUUGUUUUAACACCAAAGCAGUUUGAUGAACACGAUCGUGCUUUGGAGGUACAACCUCUUAAAUCUGGCAGAGAUCUGGUUGGAUGGGCAGGGCAAGGGGAUCACAGAAAUACUUCAAAAGUACUUCCUCCUCUUAGUUUUCCUAAAUGGGUACCAGACUCUCACCCUGUAAAAGAAAAGCACUGGACGGCUAUAGUAGAAGCUCUUGAGAGCACAGCAACACAGCCACCUCAACAAACUUUUAUUAAGACUCCACCUCAUACAGGACUGCGAUUGCAUAGUGACUUACAAACAACAGAAACACCAGAUUCCUUUAACAAAUUUUCUAUUGACAAUUUAUUCUCUCCAGAGUUAUUUAACCCCUUACAAGUAUUUCUCCCAAACCAAAAGCGUAGGCAUGACAAUCAAAGGAACACCGACAAUCGGAGACAACACAAUCGCCAAAACUUACAUGUCCCACUUAAAAUAAAUAGCAAUAAUGAUGAAACUUCUAAAACACUCACAUUUACCACCUGGCCAAAUACUGGACACAACGAUGCACUUCAAGGCAUUGCAGAAGAAGACAUCAAGCAACUUACACAGCCUGUGAUGGAGAAGAGGCCAACUUACGAUGCAACAUUCGACCAGGCUCCUAGUUCACAGUUGUCUGCAACCUCUAUGGCAACUAAAAAUGCAAUACUAUGGCCUGACCUUGCAAAUGCACAAAGCUCUCCCUUGCAAUCAGUACAUGUUUCCUCCACAAAUCUAGGUCAAUUUAACCAUACAAACAACAAUGAUAAACCCACCCAGUGGCCUGACUUUAGAGAUACAACCAGUACACGACCAUUCCCAGCUUCGCCUCAACUGAAAAAUAAUACUGGAAAGAUUUUCUUUCAGACUGACACAGUUUCACCAAACAAACAGUCUACCUACUCACCUCCCGAACCAAUGCCUAAUAAGAUCAGUAAUUUACCAGUUCCUCCGGUAGGUACAACCUUCAAUAACCCUCUUUACAGAAAGGAUGACACGCAAAAUGAAGGAACAAAGGCAUUACCAAAUCUGGAAAAUCAUCCAUUAAACAAGGACCUUCACACUCAAAGUGACAAAAUAUCUGAAGCUGCUAAGGAAGUCUACAGCCAACCAUGGCUUCACGCUGCAGUUCAACAUGACCUUAAAGAAUGGGGAUACCCAUAUGAUAAUAGUGCCCCACCAAACCCUUUUAAAUAUACUAAGCAAAACCACCUUUUAACCAAUCAAAGCAGAGUAAGUGGUGAUUCAACAGCAUCUCAACAAAUUUUACCUCAUUAUGGACAUAUAGAUACACAAGAGUCACACAUAACUGAACAUUAUGUUCCGGGACCAGCUGGUAACAAAAGAGCUCGUUUAAAUGCACCAAAACAUGGUAAAAAGCCAAUUCUCCUACCAAUAGAUUCAAUAUCAAUUGAUAUAUCCCCAUAUUUUCGUGAAGCAACAAGCUUGCAUUCAAUCUCAAAACCAGAUGCCCCACUUAAUGUUCCUUAUGAAUCCCAAAUUAUCAACCAUCAUACAUCUGACACCUAUCAAGCCAAUACUCCACAUAAAUCUGCAGUAGAACGACAAGGAGGUAAUGCAUUCCGUAAUAUCAUGAGACCCUUUCGUAAUAUAUUUCAGUUAGGCAGAGAGCCUCGUAAUAAUCUUCCUAACAGGCAACAGUUUACAAGGCAACUCCCAUCACCUCAAAAUCUUCCUACAGAAAUGCAACCUCCACCAAUUUUAUUCUCACAGUUUCCUGACUUUGGACCUCCUAAAGGAGAUGACAUUGUCUCAGAAGUUCAACACCAACAAGAAAAUGAAGUCGGAGGCUUCCAAGAAUCAUUUAAUUCAGAACAAUUAGAACCUGAAACAAUAUUAGACGACACAAACCCUAACCUGUUAUUUCAGCAACAACCUGAAGGUGAGGCUCAAGGGUUUUUUUUACCUCCAGCUGACCUAAUACAGCAAAACAAUAUAAUUAACAAUCAAAAUACACAAGGUGAGACCCAGUUUGAGCCACCCAUACUUGCACACAAUGAAGAUUUACCUCCUUUUCCAAACACAAUACAAGAUGAACCAUCAUUUUUCAAUCCUCCAACAUUACCAAACCCAGCACCAUCAACGAAUCCUCCCUUUAUUCCUUGGCCAAACUUAAGGACUACUGCUACUACUACCCUUGUUCCCACAGAGCCUCCCCCAACUUCCCAACCAGGAUUUUCAUUCUUUAACCAAUCCCCAACACUGCGUCCUUUCCGUCUACCCACUCUCCCUAGAAUGCGGUUUCUUAACCCAUUCAACGUGUUCCGGAGCCGCGAGACUCCAAACACAAAUACCAAUGGUAUUUUUUCUUGGUUCCCUUCUCUUACAUCAAAGACAGAUAAUCAGAGGGAGGAGGAUACUGAAAACAAAGGUACCAAUUGGCCUAACCUCAAGUUGGGUUCUGAUGCCCAUGAAUUUCCUUUACAUCCAGUUACAACAGAUGUGAAUAUCAGACCCUUAAGAAAUGUAGGUAGUAGCAAUAAAAACAAAGGAAAUGGUUUUACAUUUAAACCUCAACUCUCUACAGUCAUUCACCACAACAAACCCACCCUGCCUUUUGUACAAAACACAUUAAACUAUCAAACACAUGCAACUAUAUCCCCUCACUAUAAAUUGUCAACAGCAUUAAGCCAAUCACCUGAAAUUCAUCAAAUAAACCAAAGUGACAAUGUCGCAACAAAAGUGACUCAUACAUCACACAACUUGCCAACCUCAACAGAAAAAUACUUCGAUGAUGAAAUAUUCAUAGUGUCUUCUGACAAUGACGACCAACAACUGAAAGGAGAUUCGGCUGUAAAUCCCCAAACUAAUCCUGCAAGGAAGUCUUUUCCCCAAACUGACUCGUACAAUGAAAGCUUAGGACCCUCUAUGAUAAAGUUCACUAUUGAUGAUGUCAUUGACAGCUCUUUUCGUGACAAUGGUAAACAAUUUGAUACAAAAUUGCAAUCACCUAAUACGAAAGGUGCAGAAAACUUACAGUUGACGGGAGACAUGGAAUUUGCCCCAUCUGAAGAAAAGGCAAUUGUAGCUGUAUUUCAGGAUGCUGCAACACCACCUUCAAUAUUAGCAGAUAUAGACAACCAAACUAAUACUGAUUCACAAUCUAUCCCUGAUACAACCACCAAAAAUACAUUAAUGAUCACACUGGUACCACAGAAUUCUAGGAAUAUAACUUCAGGCAACGAAAACUUACCUUCCAAUUUGAAACAAGUGAAACCUAAAUUUCAACUACCAAUGACACACUUUUCAAAACCUACAACCCCAACUUCAAGUACUACUGCAAGUGUCACUACCAAUAGCCCAAUCUAUUCAGGAUUUACCUCUAGCCACAUACCUUUUGAAGCACUUUCAGAAAACAAGCCAGUACGUCAAAUCUUUAGCUCAAUUGCAACACCUUUACCCACCCCUCAAAAUCAAGCAACUACAGCAUAUGCUCCUAACACCAACCCUCUGUCACAUCAUUUUCCUUCAACAUUAAAACCUUCCACUUAUCAUUUAAAUAAAAAUUCUGAAAUAAAAUAUUCAAAUCCAAUCUUGCAACAACCACAUACCUCUAACAUUCACAACUCUAAUUUGAAGAUUGAUUCUUUUGUCACAACAACAAGGACUCCUCACAAAAGUAAUUUUGUAACCAUAAACUGGAGAGACUCAAUCCCAGAUGAGAAUUCACCUCAUCAACUUUCUGAUAACCAAGGAAGAUCGAAAAUAAAAGGCUUUAUGCCUGAAGCAUCGUCAAGGAUUACAAUUAUUGAAGCCACUCCAAUGCCAAAAGAAGGAGAAGUGUUUCCAACAGCUAAGUAUUUCAAGACAAUGCCAUCAAGUCCAAAGACUACAACCCCAGGUUAUGAUCAUGCAGCAACACAAGAAAUAACAACCAUACCUACAAGUUCUCCAUCUAUACUCUUAUGGAGGAAUAAUGCAACACCCUCAUCACUUGUGACAACAAAACAAGUUCUGAUGCCAGGACAUUUAAACCACAGAACAAUGACCAUGCUGCCUAAAGUGGACUCUGGUCUAACAAUAAACAAUGAUGGCCAAAAUCUUACAAAACAUUCACAAAAUCACACAAAUAAAUUCAAGAUAACAUAUAAUUCUCCUGCAAGAAAAAUAUCCCAUGCACACAAAACAGAAAAACCAGCACUAGAAAUGGAGGCACUUUCUACUUCACUGAUAUCUUCAACUUUGAUCAAAAUGACAGACAAUCAACAUAUCCCUAACAGAAAUCCUGCAGAAGAAACAGGGGAAACAAAUACAUAUCAAAGAGUGUCUACAGUAGAAGCAACAGAGCAGAAACCACAAGCAUUAAGUACAGAUUUACAAAAAACACUACAUGCAAGCAGUCUUUCUCAAAACAGUUCUCAAAACACUAAGUCUGACCAAGAAAAAACUUUGAUUAGCACCACUUCUUCAACUACCAGACCACUCCUAGCAGGAAGACAAACAAGAUACAAUUCUUUGCAACGUCUGAGAGACUUCAUGGCUAGUAAAAGAAAUGAUAAAAACGAAACUUCUACAACAGAACCUACAACUUUACCUACCUACCAUCUCAGCACAAGUUCUCCAUUACCUAACACUACGCCAACACAAAUCACUAGCCCUUCUCUUCAUCAUACUUCAUACAGAAGCAGUAAGCAAAGAGUGAGAUUAUCUACAACAAUAACUCCACCUCAAAGGACAACCCCUACAACAAGACAACCCUGGUACACACUGACAACUACAACUUUGCCAACAGCCACAGCAUCAAUAAGUCAUUCAUCUGAUCCCUCAAACUUCAAACAGACUGACCAUGAGCUAAGUGGAAGCAGCUCAAAAACGAGUUACGAAUGGCGUCCACCUAUUCAUGAUGUUGAUUUACAAGACCAUCCUGAAAUGUUUGAUUUAUACAACUGGGAAUCUGCAAAAGUUGACAAAGCACAAGACAGAUAUGAUACUAGCUCAAAUCUUCAUUAUGAAAGUGAAGCUGAUGAAAAACAUACAAAUUCAUGGCUACCUGGGCAAAAUCCACAAGCCUCAAGUCACAUCAGAAUACCUCGUAGCAACCCCAUCAUCAUCUUGAAAGAGAAGCAAGCACUUUCAAGUUCAAUACCUCAGGUCCAAGAUGAUACAACAACAUUUGGUCACAUCAACAGAGCUUGGAAAAACCUCAAGGAAAAUUCGGGACACAACAAAAAACGUUAAACUUAGCAUUCUCCAGAGUUUACGCUGAUAACACUUUAAUUGUUAUUUAUAUAUAUAUAUCAAUGUUAUACGUACAAUUAUCUUGAAUGUUGCUACAUGUAUGUGUUUUCUAACUUUUUGAUCUAAAAAAACAAAAAAAAAGGAAAAAAAAAAAAGCUUUUGAGCUAUGAACAUUCAAGGAGAGUAAGCCUUUCAUUCAUAUAUUAUCACUUUCAGAAUCAAGUGUUUUCCUAAAAAGUUACUUAGUGUAAUAAAGUAACUUAUCUUUGAGCAGAAACGUAUCGUAAGAAUAAAUUUCUUUCAGCUGUGAGAUUGCCGAAUAUUCUACUAUCUAAUGACAGAAUUCUUCUGGUAUUAUAUAGUACCUCUCAUAACCUGAGAUUAACACUGCACACAACAAGAUAAAUUUUCUUAAUAAUGCAUGCAAAAAAAUUAAGGCAACUUACAAAAACAAUUCCACAUUAGUGACAAUAGUAACCCUACAAAAUAAAGACUGCCAUAAGCUACAGUUCUCAGUAAUUAACUCAUCAAUCUAUAUGAAAACAAUUUAGCUGCAAGCUAUAACGAACUCAUAUCACUAUUUCAUAGUCUACCCAGGGUUGCUAUGAAAAUAUAUAUAGUUGCAACACCUCAAAAAAACUACCAACACCGCUGCCAACUAAGGCAACUGUAAGAAGGGAUGAACUCUCAACUACACUUACAUUACUCUAACAGUGCAUACUAAUAGCCAGUACUUGUCACUGCCCUCUUAACCACUUCAAUUUCUCACAUUGUUUUUAAAAGAUAUGUAUAUAUAUUAUCUGUUAAAUCAAAUAUUUAUUUUGAAUUACUGUUGUUUUCUUUGUAUACAUGUAUUUUAAUAAAAUAACCUUAACCCUUCUUUGUUAUUAU